AUGAAAGGGGGAAUACAUACCUGUUCGAUGUUCUUUCUCUUUUGCUUUCUUUGUAUUUCAGAUACAAUCAUUGCAGAUAAGCCCCCCUCAGUAGCAAUCAGAAAAGGCAAAAAAAUCACCUAUCAAGAAAACCAAAUGAUCUUUUCAGCUUCAGUAUCUACCACCUUGCGAGAUACUACAGGAAACGUCCCCAUUGUCAAUCCAACAACACCAGGUACAACUCCUAAUGUAAAUCCAAACACGCCACCUGCACCAACCACCACUCCACCGACCAUAACUCCACCGACCACCACUCCACCGACCUUAACUCCACCAACCACCACCGGACCGACCAUAAAUCCACCGACCACCACCGGACCAACCAUAACUCCACCGACCACCAACGGACCACCUUCAACUACUCCGGCAUCAUCGGGUGGUGCUUGGUGUAUUGCCAGUCCGUCAGCUUCAGAAACUGCUUUACAAGUUGCUAUGGAUUAUGCUUGUGGCUAUGGAGGUACAGACUGUUCGGCUAUUCAACCAGGUGCAAGUUGCUAUGAUCCGAACACAGUUCAUGACCAUGCUUCUUAUGCUUUCAAUAACUACUAUCAGAAAAACCCAUCUCCCACCAGCUGUGUUUUCGGGGGAGCAGCACAACUCACCAACACCGAUCCAAGUCAUGGGAAUUGCCACUAUGCUUCAUCCACUACCUCCAGAACACCACCUGCAACUCCGACUAUGCCCACAACGCCAACUAUGCCCACAACUCCAAUGACACCACCCAGCACAACUUCACCUUACAUGCCUGGUGGAGGAAUUGGCUCCGGCACACCAACAGGCUAUGAUAAUGGUUCGGCACCAAUAGGCACCCCAAGUUCAGCAAAGACAUCAUCAUACAACCUACUGCUGCUCAUUACCAUGAAUUAUGUCAUAUUGUCAAUUGCUACAGAAAUUUAUUCAUAA